AGAUCGACUUUGUGGAUUCUUCAGUAUGAUGUGGUGCUCUAGGGCGUGUAUAACUCUGUCUUACUCAGAUGUCACUGGUAGGUGUUGGAUAGGUAUAUUGGGUGUACUACACGCUCUAGGUAGCUUCUUGUGACAGAUCAGCAUGGAUGAUGCGACUGUGCCUUUCCCCGGCGAAGCGAGCACAACAGCCCGGGAGAGACGUGACAUCGGCCGGGAGAACACAGGCCUGUCGGGGAGCGAGGCAAGCGUGACGCUGAGAAAGGGUGCACUGUUUAACGUGGCAGCUUUUGCUGCUUUGAUUAUAUGGUACCUGUUUAGCGCUGGGACUUUAUUUCUCAACAAGUAUAUUCUAUCAUUUCUGGGUGGAGAUCCUACCUUACUCGGAACUUCCCAGAUAUGCACUACAACAGUACUGGGCUUCUGUCAGAUUUACUUUGGGAUCGGCACUUUCAAAUCACAUGAGAAAAGCGAGCGUCCUCCACGGUUUUGGAGAAACAUGGGUUUACUAGGUGGGAUGAGAAUUAUGACAGUGCUUCUAGGUUUGGUGUCACUGAAGUUCGUGGCUGUAUCGUUCACAGAGACCGUGAAGGGGUCCGCUCCGGUGUUCACAGUGCUUAUCUCUUGGUUCCUGAUGAGAGAGUACACAAGUCUCUGGACCUUCCUCUCACUCGUACCCAUCAUGACUGGACUAGUACUCUGCUCUGCCUUUGAGAUCAGCAUCAACACAUUGGGGUUCGUGGCUGCUCUACUAACGAACAUCACAGACUGUUUUCAAAACGUAUUUUCCAAGCGUCUUAUGAGUGGGGAGAAUUACAAGUACACGCCAUUGGAGUUACAAUUCUACACAAGCCUCGCUUCCAUCUCCGUUCAACUUCCACUAGCUGUCUUUACCAUGAACAAUUUGGCCAUGAAAAUUUUAGACUCUCAUUUGGCAGGGAUGUUAAUACUGGACGGUAUAUGUUUUCAUUGUCAGAGUCUGUCAGCCUAUAUUCUGAUGGACUUUAUUUCACCAGUGACGCAUAGUGUUGCCAACACCGUCAAGCGGGCUGUGCUUAUAUGGACUUCGGUGCUAAUUUUUGGGAAUCCUGUGACUUUUCUUAGUGGUGUAGGAUCUGUGAUGGUAAUCUGUGGUGUGUUUCUCUAUACCCUUGCUCGCCAUGGAGAUCGAAUCUUCCUUAAAAGGAGGACUGAACAUCCCAGAUCAAUGGGUGGAGGAGUUUACAAACUUGUGUAACUUCCGUCCGUCUCUUCUUGACCAGUCCUAACCCCUACGAUUUUAAAAUAAACGCCAGAAGCCAUUGUUUUAUGGAUUUAUGUGAAAAAAUGGCACCAGCUAUGGCAAGCCAAACGUUGUGAUAUUAACACACACAAAAAUAUCAUUAUGCUAUUAUUAAAGAUAAAUGUAUUCAGUAACUGAAUGAAAAUUGAAGUUUUUGUUCAAUUAUUUUCAUACAUAUGUUUAUACAGUCUUUUUGAAACAUAAAAUAUUGAAUUAAAUGGGGCAAAAGAAAUCCAUCAGUGUGUGUUAGUAUGCAAUAUUGAAAAUAAUCCUUCGAUCUUCUGGGAAAAAGCAUCGAAACCAAUCGGACAACGCCUAUCCUCUGCGUUUAGGGAGUACAACAUUCUUCAAUGGGACAGACAGUCUGGAUGACGGCCCCGCACCCCCACCCUUCCUCUUCUCGCGCAAUCGACACACCAGGCGUCGAGAGAUUUAAAUUUAAUUUUUGGCUUGCUUUCGUUUGGCGCGACAGGGAGGAGUGUUUUUUUUUAGAAAUAUAUCCAUUGUAACCAGAAAGAUAAAAGCAGCUGAGACUCAUCUAAAAAAAAGGUGGCGGUGUGUAAAAAACAGGCAAUAUUUUACAUGCCGAUCAACUGAAUUUUAACAUUUAAAUGUUUGUAAGGAAAAGGUUUAAGAGUAGGGCUACAGAGAAUCAGUCCACUUGGGCUCCUUCACGACCGGUUAAAGACUGAUAAAAUGUUUAUCCGUAUAGCAAGACUUAAAAACGUACAUGUUAUCAACACUCCUCAGAUGCGUGGCACACUAUGAGCUUUUAGUACAUGGCCACGCAUGACGCAAGCCUUAAUUCAGACCGUCAUAAAAAAAGACUGUUCUAUACGUAAUGAGAGGGAUGUUUUCUUGACCUCCAUUCGUUUUCCUGUGUAACGUGCAGUGAAUGGUUUAUCUGUACAGCUGAAAGCAAAACUGGGGUUGAAAACGAGGGAAUGUAUGGGAGUGACAUCACAAAUUUUGUGUAUGGCGUAGGUCCGGGACACCCAUUCAUAUUUUCCCAUGCCUAAUCAUUCAAUCGCUUAAAAAGCUCGAUAUUUUCUACAUUUAAAUAAACAGAUGCACUUGUGUAUGUAAACUUUCGAACCCUUGUUUUCGGUAAUAAUAAAAAAGCGUGGCAAUAUCAAAAACCACAUACGUCAAUGAUUAUUUUCUUUAAAAAUAGAAUAAAUAUAUAUUAUUAACAUUGAUUUUAAGCUAUCAAAUGUGGUACUUGAUUUUUCCUUUAAUAUUGAAAUAAAUAUGCAUUCUAUUACAUUUUUCUUCAAAAAGUGCGAAGAAGUGUUCAAAAAUAAAACACAUAUAUGUUUCAAACAUUGAAUAUUGCAAUGCCUGGCUUCCAUAAACGGCAAUAAAUGUCUUAAGAAGCGCAUGUUUGAAACUAUUCCAAUCGUCAGACCAAGAUUGUCAUGAUUGCUGAUUUAUGUGGGGAAACUGGGUUGUUUAGGAAGGUGUUAUGCCAGGUUCAUACUUAUUAAACUCGGUUGUAUACUUCAUUUUGCUUUACAAGCAUGUAAACGUAUUUUGUUUGGUGCGUUAGCACCACGGCAUAUUUAUCUGCUUAAAUCGUAUUCAUAUGGGGUCAUCUAGUUUUAAAAAGCAACGUGCAUAUUUCAAAUUUAUGUUGGUAAUAAUGGCUAGUCGUUAACAUGUAAGGUGUUUAAAUUGGAAACAGAACUUAA